UAAAAACUUAUGCUUGCUAUAUUACAUAAAUUAAUGUAAUAACCAUUUGCUACCUUUACAAAAUAAGAACUCAAAAAAAGACUCAAUGAUAUAUAAUACAGAGUUACUCAAGAAGCAGGUAAUUAUAAUUUGAUUUUGUAGAUACCGAACCACCCUUCAAGAAUGAAUAUUAUAAAACAAAAGAUCCUGGAGAAUACUUUUGUAUUGUUUGUGGUGAUAAAUUAUUUGGAUCUUAACACAAAUACAACUCUGGAUGUGGAUGGCCUGCUUUUUGGGGUUCUUAUGAUUCAUAAAAAAUUAAAGAGAUCAGGUAAAUUCUUAAAAUUAUUUAAAGUGAUUUCACUCAUGGAAUGACUAGAAUUGAAGUAAGAUGCUAAAAAUGUAAUGCUCAUUUGGGACAUAAAUUUGAUGAUGGACCAAUCGAUAAAGGAGGAGUCAGAUAUUGUAUUAACUCUGCCUCCUUAUAAUUUAAAAAAGAAAAUAUAUGAUUUAUAAUG